UCUCACUUUGGCUCCCGUAAAAAAAUUGGUAUCAAAUUUGUAGAUUUUUUUUCUUUUUCAACUCAAUCGCAGACGAAAUGAAUAAGCCAAGGAAGCAGGAGGCGCAGUCGCACCAUGGAUUGCCAUCCUUUCGCAAGUUUGGAUUCUUCCACAAGCAAUGGGAGCUGAUGAUAAUGCUGCCCGAAGUGGCCAAGCUGCGGGAUAUUUUCGAUCUGUUUGUGGUCAGUGGUCAGAAUAAGGCACUGGCCAAAGAAGCGGAGGGCGACAGAUGCUUGGAUCUUGCCGCCAGCAUAGAGCUGUCGGAUGUGGCGGACUGCCUGCGCACCAUGGGCCUGAGUCCGGGUGGCGACUGGCUGGCUAGGCAACUGGCGGAGCAGCUGCGUCGGCGGGAGGAGAUGGGGCCGUUGGGGGCGAGGAUCGCUCGACGGGCAUCCUUCGAGCUGGUGCUGACCCUCUACUGCAAACUGGCCGCCCGGGUCGAAGGACCCACGGCCGAGGACGUGCUGCAGGUCCUGCGCAGCUGCGAUCCGAAGGGAACCGGGGUGCUGCCCUACUGCGAGCUGCGCCACAUGCUCACCACCAUGGGCGACCGCCUGGACGAGGCGGAGGUCUUCAGCGUGCUGCACGGCUUCACGGACAUUGGCGGCAAUGUGCACUACGAGCACCUGGUGAGGCAGAUGUUUGCCAAUGACUUGCAUGCGGAGGAGGCGCUCCAGCAGGCCGGGCUCUACCUGCAGGCGGUGGGCCGCAACGCCAUCGACAUGGACAUGGACAAGCGGGACCAGUUCAUCGAGGCCCUCCGGAGAGCGGAUCCCCUCAGCUCCGGAUUCAUCCAGCCGGACCGCCUCCUGGAGCUGCUAAAUGGCAGAGAGGAGCGGUUCACCGGCGAGGAGCUGCAACUCCUUACCCAGGGAAUGGAGGACACCAGGUGCGAGCGGGGCAUCAACUACCGCCGCUUCCUCCGGUUCAUCAUGAACGAGUAGUGCCUUCCUUAUUUAAGUCCCUUGCUCACUUACUCGGCCUAUCGGCGAAUUCUCAUUAAAUCCUCCUGUAAAUUACAUAUAAGGCUUACUAAUAUAGUCUUUUUCAC